AUGAGUUGGUAUAAAGAGAUAGCUGAGCAUCUCGAAUCCUAUUAGAAAAUGCUUAAUGAUAAAAUGAAAUCCAGUUAAGGUUUUAUUGGUUUAUUAUAAUAAAUCUUCAAAUUGGAGGAAUCCUAUUCGAAAAGUCUUGAAAAUAUUGGUCUAUAGAUAUCCAAAUUAAUCAAUGAAUAGGACGGAACGACAGAGUUAUACACAAUUCUUAGAAGUUAUUUACUUAUUAAAUCAGAAUAAACUAAAUGCUUUGCCAUGUAGUUAAAUAAUACCUUAAUAAGCGAAUAACAAUAAUUUUUGAUUAAGCAAGAUAAUUUAUAAAAGGAAAUACUCUAAUUUAACUUAGCAAAUAAGAAGGAGUAUUAGUAAAAUUUAUAAACUCUGAAUUAAUUUACUUCAGAAUUUAGGAAUGCAAUUGAGGAAGAAAAAUAACAUUAAUUAAAUAGAUUGCAGAAGAAAAAAUUGAGCAUUGCAGUUAGUGAAUUAAGUUUUCAAAAUUUUCUUACUAUUUAUAACUAAUUCAUCGAUGCCUGUUGUAAGGAUGUUAUCAAUUAUUAACUAAAGCUCUCCAAUUUAGAAUAAGAGAGAAAGAACCUAUUAUAGGAUUCUCAUAUGAAGUUUAUCAUAUUUGAGAUUUCAGUAAUCAGGAAUUUGUAAUACGAUUUAACAGGCAUUAGUUAAAAACUAGAGUAGCACCAACCAAAUAAUGGUGUUAUGGAAUAACAAUUAUAGAAAAAUAUAUCAAUAGACAAGAUUGACUUUGAUGUCCUUAAAAGAGAUAUUUAUUAAUAGCUUCAUUUUAAGCCAGAAAGCCAAUUAUUGAAUAAAGUGAAAAAACCAAUUUUCGAUUAAAUUAAAUCCAAAGAUUCAGAAAAUUUUGAAUACAUAUCAGAAGAAAGUCAAAGUUAUCAGAAGAUCUUUCACAAUGUUCUUCUAAACAAUAGUAUUACGGAUGAAGUAAUAAAGAAAUUGAGUGAAUUGUUGGAAGUAGCUUUGCCAUAUAGUUAUACAUAUUGUUUAGAAUAAGUGCUGUCUAAGGUGUCGUCUGAAAAGUAUUAGAAAAAUGUUUCUAAUUACUAAGUGUCUCACGAGGUAUAUCUCUCAGUGUAAAAAUUACUAAUUACUUUACUCGAUCAUUGUAACAAAUAUCAAGAUUAUGCAACUGUUAUUUUGGAAGCUUGUUAAUUUGCAAAAAAGAUAGUUAAGAGAGUGUACUUACCAACUGAAAAUAAGGAAAUUAAGCUAAGUGUUUUCGAGGGUUUAAUGAACCAUUAAGUGAUUUAAAGUUCUUAAAUAUGGAUUGAUUAGGCAAUGAAUUUGAAGAAGCAGCCUACUCAAAAAAUUUGUAUGUUUAAAGAAAAUUAUGUAAAAACAUCUUAGAUCAUGUAUACGCAUGAUGAAUAUUUAAAUGCACUUCAAUAAAUUGGAUGUCAAAAAUAAAUAAUUGAAAAUAUUAGAAUCCUUUUUAAUACCAAUAAUCAAAAUGGCUAAAACUGA